AAAAAGACAAUUUGGGUUCAGAACAGUUGGUGUGUAGACUACAGAAAAUGCAUGUCUUGUUUUGAAGCAUCAUAUAUUUUAUUUAAAAUUGUUUUUUGUUGUAUUGUGUUGAUGAUGAUGAUGACUGUAGCAGUAGAAGUCAGUAAACUGGAUACUGCAGGAUACUUUUCGGACCUCUGGCCUGCCUACCGUUGAGUCUCAUUUGUCACCUGACUCUUAAUUGAGCGACCCUGACCUGAGCGCCAAAACAAAGCUAGAAACUAUUUUUACUAUCAGUGAAGCCACCAGUUUAACUACGCUAAAAUAAACCUGCCUUGUCCACCAACUAAAUGUCAGGAAACGGGUUAAUAUCCAGUCUCCGGAGGUUAAUAAACGCUGAGGAGCGGCUGAGGACUCCGUGUCCAUUUGAACAGCUCAGCCAGCAGAUGAAUGAUGUCUUGGGAGAUGGAGGGAUCCUAAAAGAGGUGGUCCAACCUGGAGAUGGCCCACCUGUCCCCCAAAACGCUUCAGUAUUGAUGAAUUACUCUGGUUUCCUGGAAUAUUCUGACCACCCUUUUGAAACUACCACAAACCUCAAGUACCCCCCGAUGAUGAAGUUAGGGAGAGAUGUGACGCUGGCCGGACUGGAGCUGGGUCUGUUGACCAUGCAGAAAGGAGAGUUCUCUCGUUUCCUCUUCCAGCCCCAGUAUGCAUACGGGGACAUGGGUUGUCCUCCGUUCAUUCCCGCUGCUGCCGUGGUUCUGUAUGAGGUUCAGAUCCUCGACUUCCUCGACUCGGGACAAGUGGACGACUUUCUCGCAAUGAGUCCGGAAGAGCAGAUCACAGUUCCUCUGUCCACGCUUCUUGAAGUUGUCAACACACUACGCAGCUUUGGCAACCGCUGCUUCAACCAGAGCCGUUAUGACAAUGCCAAAGAUCGAUAUAAACAGGCAAUGAGGCUGCUGUGGAACAGGGAAACACAGAGCGAUGCCGAGAAGCAGAGGAUCAUGACAGCGCUGCUUCCCCUCUAUCUGAACCUUUCUCUCACUGAGCUCCGUCUGGAGAGCCCGCACAAAGCCCUGAAAUAUGGCAACAAAGCCUUGGAGAUAGACUCCGCCAACACAAAGGCUCUUUACUGCUGCGGAAAGGCAUAUCUGGAGCUGCAUGAGUACAAGAACGCCCAGGGUUGCGUCAUAACUGCUCAAGCAAAGAAGCCCUUUGACACUGACAUUAACAACCUGCUGAGGAAGGUGGCAAUAUGCUAUAAAAACAGCUUGGACAAAGAGAAAGACAUGUACUCCAAGAUGUUCAGAGACUUGAGCCGCAGAACAGGCCACUACACUAUUCAACAGAACCAGAACACACAUCAUGUAGACAGAUAUGGGCCUUCUACUACCACCAGUAGUACAAAAACCACCAGCACUGACCCAUCGUCACUCCCCAACCCAAGCGCUGCCGCUUGCCCCAAGUCUCAGCCCUCCUCCAGCCCUAAGUCAGGCUCCAGCCCCAUCCCCAGGCACAGUCCCAACUCCAGAUUCAGACUGCGGCCCACAUGUCAGCGCUGCAACUCUCAGGACUCUCUGGACGAGCUUGAGAUGGACGACUAUUGGAAGGAAGUGGAGAAUAUCACUCGCUCAGGAGAAGGAGCAGGGAGGGGAGAAGGUGGAGGAGAAGGAGAAGUACAAGAGGAGGAGCAGCCAAAAAUUCCUGAGGAAGGCGAACAGGAGGAGGCGUGGCUUACAGAGGCAGGGCUAGCACGGCUGUUUGAUGAUUCACUGGCAGCUGACCUGGAUCAGGAAGAAGACAGUGCGGUGUUCCUGUCCACUCUGACCAGAACUCAGGUGGCAGCUGUAGAACGUCGCGUGACGUCACUACAGCAGACGUUGCUACGGCGACGCAACCGGCAACACGUUCCUGAUGUUAGGGAUAUAUUCAGACCUCCUGAAAAGGAUGAGGAGCCUAGUAAACUCAAAGGGGGAAGCGAGAAUGGACAAAAAGAUAUCACUUCAGCUGAAACAGAGACAGAACUGAACGUUGAAGUGGCGUUUUCAGAGCAGGCGCUCACUUACAGGGACAACCACCAAAGGUUAAAAGUCACGACUAUCCCUAACUCACCUGACGACAAACUACCGAACUUUAAGCUGCUCCGAGAUAAAACAGGUCAGACCAGAAUAGGGGAUCUGUCUCCUCUGGAUAUGAAAAAGGUGCAUAGACUGGUGUUGGUGGAGAUGACUGCUCUGUUUGACACUGCUGGGAUAGACGUCAAGGCUCAAAAAGCUGUCAAAGUUAAGACUAAAGAAAGUGGCCUAUUUGGUGUUCCUCUUGCCACUUUAUUGGAUCAGGACCAGAGGCGGAUUGCUGGGACCAAAGUGCCAAUCAUACUGCAGAGACUUAUUAGUCAUAUUGAGGAGGAAGGAUUAGACACAGAGGGACUGCUACGGAUCCCUGGAGCGGCCACUAGAGUCAAGUCACUGUGCCAGGAGCUCGAGUCCUCUUUCUAUGACAGGAUGUUCCCAUGGCAACAGUUGAAACAGCACGAUGCUGCUAGCCUUUUGAAGCUGUUCAUCAGGGAGUUACCCCAUCCGUUACUGACUGUGGAGUACCUCAACGCAUUUAUUGCUGUCAACAAGCUCCCCACAAAGAAGCAGCAGCUGCAGGCUUUGAACCUGCUAGUCCUUUUGUUACCUGAGGCCAACCGGGAUACUUUGAAGGCACUAGUGGAGUUUUUCCAGCGUGUCAUUGACCAUCAGGCCAAGAAUAAAAUGACCCUCAACAAUGUCUCUGUUGUCAUGGCACCCAACAUCUUCAUGUUCAAAGGCUUCCGCUCCAAGGUGACAGAACAACAGGAGUUCUCCAUGGCAACCAGCACAGCCAACAUCGUCCGGCUGCUGAUUAGAUACCAGAAUCUUCUAUGGACAAUACCCAAGUUCAUCGUGACCCAGGUCAGAGAACAAAACAUGGAAGGUCAGCGGAAACAAAAUAAAGAGAGAGCUGUAAGAAAGCUGCUGAAGAAGAUAACCACAGACAAACCAUCUGAUAAAGCUGUCUCAGAGGAGAGUUCGCAGGGAUUUAUUCGAGUUCAGGCACCACAGUUCAGUAAAGUGUCUAUGGCAGUUCAGCUGACUGAAGAGCUGCAAGCUGCUGAUGUAUUAACACGCUUCCUCAGCCAGGACAGUUCAGUGGCAGUGAAACGAGAAGAGCUGUGUCUCUAUGAGAUUGGUGGAAACAUCAGGGAGAGAUGUCUAGAUGGGGAAACAUAUAUGAAAGACCUCUUCCAGCUCAACCCUACCGCAGACUGGGUCAUCAAAGCUGUGCAGCGAUAAACUCCUACCAUCAUGCCCUGCUGCAUGCUGGACUGCUCCAAAUUUUCACUGUGUCUGUGUCCUACUGAGAAGAGACGUCACCUGGUUCUCUGUGGUUUUUGCUGGUUGUGGAUGUACAUGUUCACUUGUAGCAAAGAGAUUUCUGAACACAGGUGGUUGCAUGGUUUCACACAAUUGGUUGGCCCUGAAAACUGUCAAAUUACAAGUAGUCCAAUGGCAGUUUUAAAACUUAAUGAAACUCGUGACAUCUGUGUGGAAAUACUUCUCCUCUUAGUUGAACAACCAGAUUGUCAGACAAGAAAACAGGAAAAUGAUAUGCUUGGAUUUACAGUAACACAGACUUUUCCAUUUUUCCCACCCUGCCUUAUGCUACAUAUUGAUUUUGGGCCUCAGGUACAGCUAGCCUAAAGUAUCAGACAGUUGCGCAGGUGAAAGAAGACCUUGUCAUCUCUAGAGUCUUGACAGACCACUGUUGUACUGUGGUGGAAAUAUACCAUUUCUCCCACUUUGUCACAGCACUUGAGCCACAAUAUUGUGAUUCUUAAUAUAAUGUAAUACUGUAAGUAUUGCAGUUGUAUACUGUGAUUUAUUGCCACUAAUCACAUUGUUGUGUCUAAUAAGCUGAAUUAGUAUAGUUUGGGGCAAUAAAAUAUCAAAAUUCUGUUAAAUCAUGAAUCCAUAACACAACAGAGAUAAAUGUAAGAUAUAUUUUCUGUGUAACUCAUUUUGAGAAUAUUGGCUUUUAUUUAUUUACAUUUUAAUUAAACGCCCUAAAACGUAAAUAUAUGGUCACAAUAUUGAAUGUUUAUAUAUGAAAGCACUUCACUGUAACCAGGAGGGAAUGAACAUGGGAGUUAAUGGUCGUACUUUAGGGGGUCCAAAGCUGGAAGUGGACUUCAGAGAGAGGGGAGGUGAUGAAGUACUACUGUACUGUGAGAUAUAUGAGAGGGAGGGGCAUUUUAUAUGGCACACUUCAACAGUGACCCCAAAACUUUUCAUAAAAAUGUCACCACUGACUGCUAACCAGGGCACGCAAUGAUGACAUCACUGUUUUUAUGGUACAUUAAUAUUCCUGUACAUUAGAACUUUUUAAACCGUUGAUGUUUGAGUGUGUUAAUGUGUGAAUCCAUCUUCAAAAACUGCUACUCACCAGUGUACAAAUGUGAACAAACACAUUUUAAGAUUUUUAUAUAUAUAUAUAUAUAUAGAAGCCUGUAAGUUUGCAUGGAAUUCAUCGUCAAUUGACUUACAAGUUGUGUACCAAAGACUUAAUCAUUUUAAAGAUAUGUUGAACUCUUAAGUGAUCAUUUUAAAGAAAUAAAUUGUUGACUGUAUAAAUGGCCUUCUUCAAUGAUACAUUCUCACAUGAUGGGUUGCAAAAGUAUCUGGACACUGAUACUUUUGGCUUUUGCUGUUCUGAUUUUUGGCUCUGUACUCUUCACAGUCUGGAUAUCAAGUGAUGUAGUACACUGACAAAAGUCGUAUUAGUCCAGGAAUAUAAAAUCUCCAUUUUAUGUUGUUGGCACAUAGAUGUACUUCUCCUGGCUUUCAACAGAAGUCUAAUCUGAUUCUCUGCGGUUUCUCACAGUUACGACAGCCUGUGGAGGAUCCUAUCUGCACCACAAAGUCAAACAUUGCAGGUGUUUCUUUUGUGGAAAGCUGUGGAGUUUUAACAACAAGUAAUGUGUCACUGUUCAAAAUUUUUUUGUGAAUUGAGUCACUCCCUGCCUUGUAUUAUCUUGUUUACUGUGAAUGUUUUUUUUUUUUUUUUCUCCAAAUAAUGAUAUCUUUGUAUUAUUACUGCCUCUCAAAUGACCACUGCAACAGCCUGUAAAUAAACAUGCAGUUAUUAAUUACCA